GCUAUAAAGUUCGCGGAGAACAAAGAAGAUCAGAAGGGGUUCCCGGAAGAAAUCAUAGUCGAUAUCCUCAAACGCUUGCCGGUAAAAUCAGUGUUAAAAUUCAGGUGCGUCUGCAAAAAAUGGUAUAAUAUACUCAACGAUCUUGAAUUUCUUAAGAAACAACAAAAUCAUGAUUUGGGAGAUGACGAGUCAACUUUAAUACUUAAAAAAGGCCUUGAUUACUACUCCAUUUCUAAUGAUACAUUCACAUCGAUAUCUUCAUCAUCAUCAUCAGAUGUAGCUAUAACAUUAUCUGGUAAGGAUGUUAAGGUUCUUGAUUUCCCUAUCAUUUCUCCAAAGACUCUAAUACGUUCUUUCAUUGAGGAAACUGUUCAGAUUCUGGGUUCUUGCAAGGGGUUAAUCUGCUUUGUCCUUUGUUUUGCUCGUAUCCAUGGUCUUCUUAAUCCAUUUACUGGAGAGUACAGGAAAUUGCCAUCACCAAUGUCAUCUAUUCCUUCUGGUAAAUCUUUGUUUUACAAUUAUGAGUUAGGUUAUGAUAGCAAGAUUAAUGAUUACAAGUUGGUAAGGAUUGCGAAAUCAGACGAGAAUGUUCCUGAAGUCGAGGUUUAUACAGUAGGUUCAAAUUCUUGGAGGAGCAUUGAAAAUCUUGACUUCCCUUAUGUUUCUUGCAGAGGAACAUCUAAGUUUUUGAAUGGAUCUCUUCAUUGGAUAGCAAAUCAUAGUUUUCAAAUACCUCGAGUCAUGGUCUCUUUUGAUUUGGGAGGUGAGACAUUCAAGGAAUUAGCGCUGCCAGAAAAUUUGGGAGGCGGCUCUUGUUUGUUUCAGUGCUGCAGGAGGGUGUCUUGCUAUACUUUGUAGUGCUCCAUGUCCAUGGGGUCAGUUUGAUGUAUGGGUAAUGAAAGAUUACGGAUGGAGAGAGUCUUGGACUAGGCUCUUCACCAUUACUGAAAACAUCAAAUCAUUUGAAUAUAUAAUCAUAAGCUUUCGGCAGUUAAGGCAAAUGGUGUGUUUAAAAAAUGGUGAGUUCCUGUUAGAAUUUGGAUUGGAGGCAGAAGUAGAGCUGAUUUGGUUGUGUAUGACCCAAAGACUGAAAGAGCUAGAGUACUGAAUGUGCCUAAAAAGAUAGGGUAUACGAAACCUAGACUGCAGGACGUGUUGUUGUUCAGGUUGGAAAGUUAUGUGGAGAGCUUAGUUUCACUCAACUCAGGUACUUAUGUUGGGUAGGCAUUGGUCAUGUGCAUGAGAAGCCGUAAAGCCGUUAUCCCGCUCCUAGUGAUUGAUGCAGUUAGCACUACUUAUUUUUGAGGACGGGUUCUUUUAGCUUUUAGCUAUUUUGCAGAAUUUUUCUGGUGAGACUUUUUCUAUAGCUUUCUUGAUGUUACUAUUAUGCUUUUGUAGGAUGUUUACAGUUUCGAUACUUUUGCUGUUACGAAUAGUAGUUAACCAAAUUCUUGAGACACAGAUAUUAUAAACA